AUGGCCAACCUUCGAAAAACCCACCCUAUUCUUAAAAUUGCCAACAGCGCCUUUGUAGACCUCCCUGCACCAUCUAACAUCUCCGUGUGAUGAAACUUUGGAUCACUGCUAGGAUUGUGCUUAAUAGCUCAAAUUAUCACAGGACUAUUUCUAGCAAUACAUUACACUUCAGAUAUUGCAACAGCUUUCUCCUCAGUAACACACAUUUGCCGAGAUGUAAACUACGGUUGACUAAUCCGCAACAUACAUGCUAACGGAGCAUCAUUCUUUUUCAUCUGUAUUUACAUACACAUUGCACGGGGACUUUAUUAUGGAUCAUAUUUAUACAAAGAAACCUGAAAUGUUGGAGUCGUACUUCUACUCCUAGUAAUAGCCACCGCAUUUGUAGGCUACGUACUACCCUGAGGACAAAUAUCCUUUUGAGGAGCCACAGUAAUUACUAACCUAAUAUCAGCUGUGCCUUACAUCGGAAACGAUUUAGUACAAUGAGUGUGGGGGGGAUUUUCUGUAGAUAACGCUACCCUAACCCGAUUCUUCGCAUUCCAUUUCCUACUCCCAUUCGUAAUCGCAGCCGCAUCUAUAGUCCACCUACUUUUCCUCCAUGAGACAGGGUCAAAUAACCCUGCCGGAAUUAAUUCUGACGCAGAUAAAAUCUCAUUCCACCCUUAUUUCUCAUAUAAAGACCUAUUAGGAUUCGCCGCCUUGUUAAUUAUACUCACAUCAAUUGCCCUAUUUACACCUAAUAUUCUAGGAGACCCCGAUAACUUCAUCCCAGCCAACCCUUUAGUAACCCCGCCUCAUAUCAAACCUGAAUGAUAUUUUCUAUUUGCUUAUGCUAUCCUACGAUCAAUCCCUAACAAACUAGGGGGUGUGUUAGCUUUAUUGUUCUCAAUUUUAGUGCUAAUACUGGUCCCAAUCCUUCACACAUCCAAACAACGGGGGCUCACCUUCCGACCUUUUGGUCAACUUAUAUUUUGGAUGUUAGUAGCAGAUAUGAUAAUUUUAACAUGAAUUGGAGGAAUGCCUGUAGAACCUCCGUAUAUCUUAAUCGGUCAACUGGCAUCAGUUAUUUACUUCCUUAUCUUUUUAGCAGCUUUACCUAUAUCAGGUUGAAUGGAAAAUAAAAUUCUUAAAUGAAAUUGCAUUUGUAGCUCAGCAUCAGAGCGCCGGUUUUGUAAACCGGAGGUCGGAGGUUAAACCCCUCCCCACUGCUCAGAAAAAGGAGAGUCGAACUCCCGCCGCCGGCUCCCAAAGCUGGUAUUCUAUGUUAAAAUAUUUUCUGGUACAUAUAUGAAAUAUUAUGUAUAUAUAUAUACAUAGUGCAUACUAUUAAUCCCCUAGAACAUAUAUGUAUAAAAACCAUUAAUUUAUGUAAACCAUAAAUUAAUAAUAUUAAACUAAGGUAGACAUAAACCUAAAAAUUAUUAAUUAAGCAUCACAAAUUUAAAUGCUGAGAAAUUUAAGACCUAACACUAUACUCAUAAGUGAUGAUAUACCAGGACUCCAAAUAUCAUUAACUAGAGUAAGAUAUGUAGUAAGAGCCUACCAAACAAUCUAUUUCUUAAGGAUAACGGUUAUUGAUGGUCAGGAGCCCUAAUUGAAGGGUUGUUACCUAAAAGGUGAAUUAUUCCUGGCAUCUCCUCCUUUUUCAGGUCCAUUAAGUUUAUUAAUCCGCACACUUUUAUCGACGCUUACAUUGACUAAUGGUGUUAAACCUUCGACUCGUUACCCCCCAAGCCGAGCGUUCUCUCCACAGGGGCAGCUGGUUCCUUUUUUUUUUCUCCUUUCGUGAACAUUUCAGAGUGCACACGGCCCUAUGAUAGAAGGUGGAACAUACGUUCCUUACUGAGUAAUAUAUAUGUAGUGUUGAAAAUACAUUACUUAAGAAUCGCAUAAAUUUUUUUCUAGAGCAUAAUAAAUACCAUAUUCCCUAUAGGUCGCCCCCCCUUCUGUUUUAAUAAAAUAAACCCCCCAACCCCCCUAAAGCCCAAAGGUUACUAUCAAUAUUACAAAAAGGGUUUAAACAGCAAAACCCAGAGAUUAUUGAUCACCUAAUAAGUGUACAAGUGGUGUAUAGUUUUGUAUUUAUAUAUUACCAAUUUUUAAAAAUAUAUUGUAUUACACCCAUUCACUAAUACUGGUCAAAACAGAAUACUAGAAGGCUAUCGUAGCUUAAAACUUAAAGCAUAACACUGAAGAUGUUAUUAUGAACCCCAGAAAGUUCCGAAAGCACAAAGGCUUGGUCCUAGCUUUACUAUUAUUUACAACCAAACUUACACAUGCAAGCAUCCGCACCCCCGUGAGAAUGCCCUUUACCCUCUUAUGAGAUCAAGGAGCUGGUAUCAGGCACAUAUAAUUGCCCACAACACCUUGCUUAGCCACUCCCCCAAGGGAAUUCA